GGAUCCCUGAGUAACGACAAAUCAGUAGGGGAUGGGCACAGAGAUAGUGGAGAUGACAUUAGUAGGAAAUGGGUCAUACAUCUGGCUGUACAGAGGGAGUGGCCCAAAAAGACAAAGGAGGAUGAAGCUGAUAAUUCUGGAAUGGGACAAAACCAAGAUAGGCAACAACUAAUGGUGGAGUUUGGUAAGAAGAACCUCAAAAGAAAAGGUAUAUUGAUGAUUGAGGUCUAUGAAGAUUUGGAGAUCCAACAAAAGAAACUAAAAUCAUGUGAAGCACCAUUGAGAGUGGAAUUGAAAGAAACUGAUGAUUUACAAGACCCUACGAACAAGUGGAAACUCCAAAGGCAAAAGUAUAGUAAUCAGAAAACCUUCUCAAACAAGGCAACCUCUAUCACAAAGAAAAAAUCCAAACCAAAUGCAAAGGGCCCAAAACCAGAUAGAAAACUUGGGUGUGCUUUUAGAGGUGGAAGUAAGGAAUGA